AGCUCUGUGACAGUGGCUUUGCUUCUGGACACUGGUUUUCAUUUGUCAGACACACACACACUGAGGGAAAACAGACAAACAGAUGCAAGACAGACAAAACAUCUUACUGGAUAACGCGGCACACAGUUAACUCAGUGUGGUGAAGUAAAAGAAGAGAAGGGGGAAACACAUCGUCAGAUCUGUCUCCCGUUUACAACCAACCAGAGUGGGACUGGGCCGGUGAGAAAGACUAAACAAGAGUUCCUCUUCUCCCUCUCCCUCUCUGUCUCUGUCUCUCUCCCUCGCUCUCUCUCUCUGUCUCUGUCUCUCUCCCUCGCUCUCCCUCUGUGUCUCUCUCUCCCUCGCUCUCUCUGUCUCUCUCUCUCUCUCUCUCUCUGUCUCUCUCUCUCCCUCUCUGUCUCUCUCUCUCUACGGCACACCAAGACAUCCAUGAGUGGGACCAACAGCUCUGCUUACCGAUCGGAGCGCAGUUUCCACCAAACGUCUUCCUCCUCUUCCUCCUCCACCAACCCCUACAUGGAGAAGAGCAGGGGACUUUUUGCGGAGGACUUUGGAUCUUUCAUGCGACCUGGAAAUGAUGCCUUGGGAUUUCCCAGUCGACCAGGGGCACCAGGGAACAUCAAGACCCUUGGCGACACAUACCAGUUCACAGUGGAUGUCCAAGACUUCUCCCCCGAAGAUGUCAUCGUCACCACCUCCAACAACCAGAUUGAAGUCCGGGCAGAGAAGUUGGCAGCUGAUGGAACAGUGAUGAACACGUUCACCCACAAGUGUCAACUGCCAGAGGAUGUUGACCCCACCUCAGUGACAUCAUCCCUGGAGGCAGAGGGAGCACUGACAGUUAGGGCUCGCAGGAACCCUUCCAAACAUGAGCUCGCUCAGACCUUCCGCACUGAGAUCAAGAUAUAGCCCAGCUCUCGUUUAACUCCCUUUGUCCCUGUAUGUUGUUAGCUACUUCCUGGAUUCCUUCACAAAUAAUGCCAACUUUCAACACAUUAUGUGGCUUUCUUGCAGUUCGAAGACUAGCCUCGCAUUAUAGGCUACCACUUACUAUUAAUUAAAUUAAUAUUCACAAUGAAUUUGUCAUUAGUGCAACUUCACCUCAAUAUCACCACACAUGCACUCACACCUCCUGUUUGAAUAAUUAGUUUGCGAUAUUAAGAGAGUACUUACCACAAUGUCUUGUUGACUCAGUCAUUUUGUGAACAGUUGGUUUUACUCAACUCUCUGUAUAAUGAUGAAUUAUUGUACAUUUAAGUGUGAAUAAAUGUUGCCUGUUUUGACAAUUUAAAAAAAUGGUGUGUGCAUCAA